AUGGAAAAGGCACUUGCACGCUACGGUGUCACUCAUCGUCUUUCUACCGCGUACCACCCGCAAACUAGUGGCCAAGUAGAGAAUGCUAACCGAGGGGUGAAGAGAAUCUUAGAGAAAACGGUAGGAAAAAGUAGAAAGGAUUGGUCGGAAAAGCUCGACGACGCUUUGUGGGCAUUCCGUACCGCCUAUAAGACACCGUUAGGCACAACACCCUUUAUGAUCGUGUAUGGCAAAGCUUGCCAUCUUCCGGUUGAAUUAGAGCAUAGGGCGUUGUGGGCAUUAAAAACCGUAAACCUUGACCUUACCGAAGCCGCAAGGAGGAGAUUCUUCCAGAUUCAUGAGUUGGAAGCAUUGAGGGAUGCCGCUUAUGAAAGAUCAUGGAGUAUCAAGGAGAAAACUAAGGCAUUGCAUGAUAGGCGGUUGAGAGGUUUGAAAGAUUUUAAGGUAGGUGAUAAAGUACUUUUGUUCAACUCACGGUUGAAAUUGAUAGCAGGAAAAUUGAAAUCGAGGUGGAGUGGCCCGUAUGUGGUGAAAGAAGUGUUUCCAUACGGCACGGUUGAGCUAUACGAUGAGGUCGACAAAGGUGUGUGGAAGGUAAACGGCCAUAGACUGAAACAUUACUUGGGAGGUCCUAUUGAUACUACUGAAGAGGAAGAAAUUCCUCUAGAGGACCCACCUACCUUUGCCGAACAGUGA